AUGGGUUCCCGCUGUGCCAAGCUUGGCACGGGCCACGGCCGGGGCCACGAAUCUUCCAUGAAGAAGCUCGUGGCCUGCGUGAGCCAGGAUAACUUCUCCUUGUCGUCGGAGGGCGAGGAGGAGGAGGAGGAGGGAGAAGAGGAGGAGCUCCCGGUGCAGGGCAAGCUGCUGCUGCUGGAGGCCGGGCAGCAGGAGGAAGGGGCCGAAGAUGCCGACGCGGAGGUCCAGCAGAGCCCCGAGCCCAAGCAGGCGCGCUCCUGA